AUGCCUACAGCAACUCAUAGUGCGAUACCCCGGGGCUUUUUACUGUCCCAAAAGCCUGUGGUGCUCUGGAUCCAUGAUCCUGGAGCCAUGUACAAUCAUGAUGCUGUCGUCAAUCCCGAGAUAUUCAGCAACUUUCGCGAUGGCCAACUGCUGAGGAUCCACUGUCCUCGCAGCAAUAGCAUACAGCCACAGCAACAGCAAUCUCAGAAUACAGGCAGUGACCAGCAAGACCAAAAGAAACAGCAUGAUCACCAUCAAGGGCAACAGACACAGGCGCAGACACAGCAACAGACACAAGCACAGCAAACUGAGCAAUCCAUGUUGAAUCAAGCAGAAGACCAUCAUCAGGAGCAGUUGGAUUCUGUCAUUGUCAAAGGACAUGCUGUUGAUAAAGAGAGCCUAGCAAAACAACAACAGCUUCAGCUGUCUAUAUCCAAGGAUAUUGCCGAUAGAUUCAAUUUGAGAUCAAGACAGGAGGUCUUUGUGGAGUUGAUUGAUCCCUUGCAAGUAGCUCUGGAUCAUGUCGAAUUAGCAUUCAAGGAGCAAUACCUCGGUCGAAGCGACAUGUGGAGACUCCAGCAAAACCUCAAAGGCACCUGCGUCUACCACGAAAAGAAGAUAUUGUUUGCAGGAUCCAUCAAAGCAACAGUGAAAAGGCUCUUUGCACACGACGAACAAAUGACAUCUGGAUACAUUACAGAGACCACACGCAUGAUAUUUCGAUCUGCCUCUGCAAAGUACUUUUUGUUUAUCCAAAUGUCUAGAGAGAUGUGGGAAUUCGACGAAGAUGGCGAACUCUACUUUGAAAAGGCUGUCAGUAACUUUCUACCGCACUUGUUUACUCGCUGGAAAGAUGAAGGCACUAACCAUGUGGUGUCCAUUGUGCUGUUUACGCGAGUGUUUUACGAGACAAAGAUUGAUGAUCCGUUGAUCAACCAAGCGGCAGAUGGAAGGUAUUACAAGGAUUUCUACAAGGUGUUGGCAGACUGGGAGACAACAGACGACUGGAUGUCGGUGAUAGGACCGUUGAAGAAGGAGCAACUCAACUUUCAGCCGAAUGUGCUGCUCAGAACAGAAGAGGGACGCAAAGUGGUGAGCGGACAGAUCUCGAUGGCUUACGAGGGAAAUGUGCUGGAGGCUGUAAAUUUGGCAUUGAACCCUUUUGACAAGCAUUUUGUGGACAGAGAUUUGAUGAGAACAGGUCUCUCCAUCAUACUCAUUACACCGGGUGUAGGCAAAUUCUGGGUGAACAAGAAACUGCUGCGAUUGACCAACGAACGCAUGACAGACAACGGCAUUGCUAUGGAUCUUGUGUGUUUAUCGCCGCUGCCACUGCACAUCACACCUCUGAUGUGUUAUAUGGAUGCACCUCUGACUGGAGAAGCUGACACUGUGAGCCCUGUCACAGACACAUUAGUGCCUCGUGGUGGACUAGGCAAGCCGCCAUUGAUGACAGGCAACUCCCCCGAAAAACCUGCCCUCCAUGCCAAUACAAACCAAAAGAUUGGCUUUGUGGAUCCACUGUACAGAGACUCAGACGACGCUGCAACGCAAGCGUAUUAUGCUGUCCCGCACUGGGUAGACUGUAGCUUUUACCAUCAUGAAACAGGCAGAUUUUUGAAACAGGACAAGUUCAAAACAAGGUGCAAGAUGUACGAACUUCAGAUGAUGGGCAUCAUGGAGCAUGAUAUUCGUGGUAUUUCUGUGCCUUAUUUGACAGAUGGAGCGGCAUUGGCCAGUAAAGAAUCGAGUCAAAACCACCACACCAUUCGACAGCAGAGAAGCAGUAGCAGUUUGAACGACAAAUUGCGCACUGGCGAAGAAACCAAGUCUUAUACCAGCAAUGGAGAAACGUAUCUCUCUAGGUCUGCCAACAUCACAGGCAGUGCUAGACGCCCCUCUUUUUUUGCUACCACCGAAAUGACGCCUGCCACUGGUGCCGCUGCUCAACCAUACAAACACAAUGGCAUAGCAGAGAAACCGAGCAAUUUGUAUGAAACGUACGACAGCGAUCUGUUCAAAACAUCUUCUGAGCCAAGAUUUAGCAAACGGGUGACAACGGCAGGCCCACCACCUAGCUCUGCUAAAUCAGUGAAGCCCAUUCAUUCUUCCAAAAACUCAUUUGAUGGCCCUGAGAGAUCCGACAGCAAUGAAUUAUGGCAGAAUGCAAAUGCCAGGCACAAAUCAACGACAACAUGGCAUCAUACGGGAGAUCAACGCCGCAUCCCCUCUGUGCUCUCUCAAUCACAGCAGUUUGGCGGUAAGGGUCCUUUUGAUAGCCACCAUUUACCUCCUCGAAAAGACGACAGAAACAUCCUGGAUCCCUUCAAAGCAUCCCCUACAUUUACAAGAGACGAUGCCACUGCAUCGAGAUUUAGAUCCAUUCGCAGAGGCACUAUGAACAGCACAGAUGGAAAGUAUAGCUCCAUGGCUGCAGCUAUGGCUGGCUCCAAUCAGCAUCACAACACGCACGCACAUCAGCAUCAGCAACAACAACAAGCGUCGCAGUUACAGCAGCAGUCGACACAGCCAUCCCAGCAACAGCAGCCUUCUCAGCAUUUACAGAUAAACAAUCAAGCAGGCAACGAGGACGAUGAAUUUGCAGUAGUGAGCUCAAGCACAGUGGACCCAGUACCCAUCAAGGGAGGUAUCAGCGGACGUUCAGACGCCAGUCGAAAGCCUUUGAACCAUUCACCGCGUCAAGGCAUGGUCUCUGGCAGUCUUCCAUCCAUCCACAAGCAAUCUGGCAACAGUGAUUUGAUGCGCACCAGCUUUGGUGGUGCCAAUGCAGCGAAUCGAUCCUCGCCUUCUCACAACUUGAGCCGACACAACCCAUUCAAACACAUGAUGAUUAACCCUUGCAAUCCCUCUGAUAAUCAAAACUUGUUUACGUCUCAUUUGCGUCGCUGGCAGCACGCACUACCCAAGGCAGAAGAGUACGACGGUCCCGUGGUGCAUUGGAAAUCAUUGGCGACACCUGCUUGCUUACCAUUGACCACAGACUAUUUCCCCUCCAACGAAGAAUUAGCGCGUCGCUAUAAUCACUACAUGUACACUGUCUCUGCUAGUGAAGACACCAACUUGUAUCAAGCAGGCGACAGAAACUUGUCUGAACACAAAAAGACAGAGAAUCUGCUGAUUGAAAUGCUGAGUCAACGACUAGCACAAGGCUUCCAGAUCAUUGUGGAUAAUACAAACAGCUCUACCUAUGCUAAAAUGGCUGCUGUCAAGGGCGACAGUCUGAUUUCUGUCUUGGGUGGGUUUGGCAAUGUACACAACAAGGAUGGCAUGAGUAAUUCUGGCAUUGCAAAUGCUGCCACUGCUGCUGCCAAUGCCGGAAAAGAGAUUGAAAACAACACCACGGCCACACGGAGCGGCAGUCCAUCCAGCGGCAACAAUGCAACCACUACUUUGGCGACAACCAUGACGAUUGGCGGCAAUACGAAACUGACGCCUGUGGGUGCCAACCAUAUCCCCACUGUGGGUGGAAAAGGACCUCAGGACGACAGCGAGAAUCACAAGUGGAAACACAUGGUAUGGUGGCUGUCCAUGGGCCAUCAAGUACAUCAACUCACCUUUGAUUCGUCUGGCCAAAAUGUGGAAGUGCGUCGCUAUGUGCGCAUGAUUAAUUUUGAUGUAGGGAAGAGCAACUACAAAUGUGCUGUGUGGCCAAAAAACAUGCCCACCUACCGCCCAAAGAACGUGGUAUUCAGCUAUCCCAGUUUGCUGUAUGCAUGGAACUACUUGGACCAUCUUGUGGCUGGCUAUCAAGAGGAGCUGACAGACAACUUGCGCUUCUGGAGAGCUCGCUUUAUCGUGAUACCGCGUGAAUCUCUGCCAACCAACAUCACACUGACAGGAGCACUGCACGAUCAUCUAAACGAAGAAGAAAAACGAUUGGCCUUGUUUGAAGCCUGGAUACAAAACAUCCGGAAGGCCAAAUGGCUGACUCCUGAAGAACGAGAAGAGCUACUAAAGCGUCGCAAAAAGGAGAUUGGCUUCUCUGAUCUAGGCGUCAAAUUGACUACCAUGGAUCCCUCGGCUUACGUGGCGAGUGAUGCAAUGCGAGUUACAUUGCCCGCGUCUCUGCAUGAAUCCAAGUCGACUCAUGGCAACAUCUUGUCUUCCAUCAUCAUUGGGCAAGGCUUGACCAGAGAUUCACGGUCCAAAGACAUUGCUAUUGCUCUGCAGGAUCCAAAAGGCGGUGUCAAGAUCAUGGACCGUCGCUGGCAUUUUAGAAUGUUUAGUGAUGUGUUUACGGGCACAGAGUUUGUGGACUGGAUUAUAGGACAGAUUGAGGAGAUCACGACACGAGAGCAGGCCGUGCAGUUUGGUAACUCGUUGAUGCAAAGAAAACCGCCCUUGUUCCACUCGGCUACCAAGCGACAUAGCUUCCUGGAUGGCAACUACUUUUACCAUGUCAAUGAGGAAUUUGCGGUCAGAAAAUCUUCCAAGCAACAACAACAAAGCCCUCGGAAGGAUUCCGCUACCAACUCAACAGUGACAACACCCAUCAAGGAGAAGGAGAUGGACAGUAGCAGCAACGGACUCCGCCAAGUGCCCAGCACGCACUCCAGCAUGUCUCCCAAGCGCAUUGAUUUUGAAAUGUCCAAAUCCAUGAUCAUUGAUGUAGACCCUUAUAAAAAGAGCGACCGAAGAGAGACUGCCAUCUUACACUACGAUACAAUACACAAUCCCAAUAACUGCUACCACUUUCAACUGAAUUGGCUGGGAUGUACAGCGCAAUUAGUGCAAGAGCUGCUUCAGAACUGGAGCAGACAGGCAGAGCGAUGCGGUCUUAAACUGGUAGAGGGCUCAGUCGACCAGGCGUACGAGGACUCUGAGAACGACAAUCCAUUUCAAUGCCCUGUCCCGAUCCCCAUGGCAUGUCCGCCACCGCCUGUAGAUGAACUUGUCGCCGCUUCCAAGAUCAAUGUACCUGCACAGUUUUAUGAAAUUGCGCUUGUACGCCAUUUAAUGUUUGUUCUAGACGUAGAAGCUGACUUUAACUUUGAACGUGCAAAGGCAGAAGGCGUGGAUUUGGAAUAUUCCUAUAUCAAGGAAGUGUACAAAUACGAUCAAUAUAUCCAUCGAUCAGGCGUCGCUUUUGUACAAAUCCGACCUGAUUGCCAAGGCUUCUAUUGGGUCAACAAUCGAUUGUACACAAACCAUACACCUGCUCUCAUCGCCAACCGGCGUCAACCAACAUCGCAGCUGUGUCACCCCGAUGCCCUGAGACUCAAGUUCAUUGAGCACUGUAGCGAUGCGCAAUGGCUGGCUGAAUUCUGGGAGACCACGAAGACCAAUUUUAUGGAAGGCAUUGAUCCUGAUAGCUCGGACGCUUGUUGGGUCUAUGAAAAUUCAGGUGCCAUCGUCCAAGUGGAUACCAACAGAACAGGGGCUACUGAAGAGGGAAAUAAUACAAAUGACGCUUCUACUGUAACAUCACCAACAACACCUUCCAUUGGAAACUCGUCUAGUGUAAUUGAUAUUCCUGGUGCUAAUGCACAUCAUGGUAGCACUCACAACAUUACUGUCACGGUCUCCGCUUCCUCACCACCAAACACCACUGAUGCAAAUACCAAUGCUAAUACGCUGCAUAGUCCGUCGUUGAAGGAUUGA